CUGGAAGUGACAUCGAGCGAUAUUAUGACGGAGUACCUCGACCCACACUUCAUUCGGGCGCUGUGCCGUGAUCCCGAGAGGCGGACGCUUCAGGAUCUCCAAUUCAUUUAUUAUGGACUCCUCGGGCUGGAGGCGCUGCGUCCCUGUCGGGAUUCGGUGUUGCGCGGACUGUGCAAAACCGUUCGCUAUGAGAGACAUCACGCGAAUCACGUCCUUUACUAG